CCUGCAUUCAUCCAGGGGGGCUGGGAAGCCUGCGCUGUCACUUUGGGAACAACUUCAGGAUUCUGCCGCUCCAAACUUUUCCUCUCUGCUGAAGUCCGACCAGCUGGAUUUCCGUCGCGGGACACACCGGCAAAAGAAAGACGGGGCGGGUUUCAGACCAGCGGGCGCAGUUGGUGCACACAGCCGUGUUUGAGCAGGGAAACUGGGGUCCAAGGUGCGCACUGAGCCGCCUAUGAUACCAACCACACGGAUGGAAAGAACUUUGAUGUUCAACCCUCACAGAGUUUUACAAAGGAGGCUGAGAGUAGAGACAGAUUGGCAGUUUAUAUUAUAAUUCAGCAGAGUUGAAAAGAUCCGAUACACCGACAGCCGUCAGCCCAAAACCGCAUAACCGUAGGGACAAAAAGGAACAGGGAGAGUUUUAAGAACAGGUCUAGCACUCUCUGCACACCUGGCAGUGAGCGGGUGCCUGAAGAUGUCCAGAGAGGAGCACAGCUUGUCAGAUGUCGAGCUCAGCCCGAGCGUGUCGGACGACAGUCGUUCCCGAUCGCCCGGCCGCUUUCCCGGCGCAACGGGCAGGGGGGAGUCGCCUCUCCGCAAGCGACGGCUGCCGGCGGGCGCGGACAACGGAGCGGGCGGUAACCCCGCCGAGAAAUCAGACGAGGAGGACGAGCGCUUCACGGCGGGGAUCCGUGACGCCGUCAGCCAGGUGCUCAACUGCUACGACUGGACGCUGGUGCCCGUGCCUGUGCGCGUCAACAGCGGGAGUAAGAGUCAGCCGCACGUCAAGAGACCCAUGAACGCCUUCAUGGUGUGGGCGCAGGCGGCUAGGAGGAAACUGGCAGACCAGCACCCGCACUUGCACAACGCCGAGCUCAGCAAGACCCUGGGGAAGCUUUGGAGGCUCCUCAACGAGAGUGAUAAGCGACCGUUCAUCCAGGAGGCAGAGAGAUUGAGGAAGCAGCACAAGAAGGACUAUCCUGACUACAAAUAUCAGCCACGACGCCGCAAGAACGGAAAGAUGGGUUCCGGGUCCGUAAGUGACGCCGACGGCCAUUCGGAGGGUGAGAUCAGGCACAGCCAACCCAUCUACAAUGGCCUCCAUCUGGAUGUGGCCCUCACAAGGGGAGCCGGGUCCCCUCCGGCAGAUAGGCACCACCCACACGCUGCAGGUCAGAGCCAUGGUCCACCUACACCCCCAACCACACCCAAGACCGAGCCCCAGUCUGGGAAGGCCGGGGAUGGCAAGAGGGCCUUUGGCAAUAGUGUGAUCUCCCGUGGCCCAAUGGGAGCAGUCGGUAGUACAGGUGCCGCUGGGCCUGUGAAGCCUCAUAUUGACUUUGGCAAUGUCGACAUAGGUGAGAUGAGCAGUGAGGUGAUUGAGCCUUUUGAUGUCAACGAGUUUGACCAGUACCUACCCCCCAAUGGCCACCCAGGGGUCGGACAGAUCGCGGGCUCAGGAGCCGCCACACCUGCCACAACCGCAUCCCAAUACCCGUACGGAAUUUCCUCAGCUCUGGCGGCGGCCAGUGGACACUCGGCGGCCUGGCUGUCCAAGCAACACCCGCAACACCACAGCUCCCCUUCCAGCUCAGACCCCUCCAAAGCCCAGAUCAAGAGUGAGGCCGUAAAUGCCGUUGGUCACUUUUCAGAGGCGGAAUCAGCCAGUUCUCAUGUCACUUACUCCCCGCUGAGCCUCCCUCACUACAGCUCUGCCUUCCCCUCCCUGACCGCAAGGGCUCAGUUUGCCGAGUAUGCCGACCAACAAGCGCCAGGGUCCUACUACGCUCACUCCAGCCAGGCAGGGUUAUACUCCGCCUUCUCCUACAUGGGGCCCACCCAAAGGCCCCUGUACACUGCCAUCAGUGACCCGGCCAGUGUGCCGCAGUCACACAGCCCCACACAUUGGGAGCAGCCGGUCUACACGACACUGUCGCGGCCAUGACAGAUAAGAAAACCAGAGGGCACUGGUGCAGGUCCGGCUCCCACGCCCAACCCGAGAAGCAGCAGCAGUGUUGGGGUUGAAAGUGGUCUGGGCCAAGGGGAUUGGGCUGGCACCAGGGGAGGCAGCGGGGAGGAAACCCGGCUCUGCUCUCGCCCAGAUGCAGGAAUGCUGUCGCAAGUGAAGGAUGAGUUUGGAGAAUGGUACUUUUGAGGCGGAUUACUUUGGUGGCAGAAGCAUCCGCCCUGGCAUGUACCAGAUUAAAUGUUCAGCAAGUGUCUACCGCUCCCAACACAACAAACAGCAGUGAUUAAGGUUUAUGUUGGGGUGAUUCGAGGCUUCACCAGGGCAACCAAGAUGUCCAACACCCUUCGAAGAAAGAGAAAAAACUAAACCAAGUUCUCAUGGUUGACUCUGUGAGAAGGUGUCAUUUUUAAAACAUUGACUCAUCGUUCAACACGUUUUGAUUGUUUGGAUGAUGUACAAGAAGAAUGGAGUGCCAAAGUCUUGCUGGCUCAUUUAGAUCUCGGGCGCAAGUAAGCGUUCAUCCAGCAGCUGUUGGUCUUUCAGCAAACCGUCACGCUCACGGUGUCGCUUUCAUCGGCACAUUUGUUCCUCUUCCUCUUGUUUUUUGUGUGCGCUUUCGCCACUCUGAAUAAGCACCAGGAGCGUUUUACUUCCGUACUUACACAUUAAUAAGUAUACUUCGUACACCGAUCAUUGUACACCAUGGACUUACGUAGUUCCUAAGGACGAUCAUUCCACACUGUGUACUUACUUACCAAGGACGAUCAUUGUAUACCAUGUACUUAGUUCCUAAGGACGAUCAUUGUAUACCAUGUACUUAGUUCCUAAGGACGAUCAUUGUAUAUCAUGUACUUAGUUCCUAAGGACGAUCAUUGUAUACCAUGUACUUAGUUCCUAAGGACGAUCAUUGUACACCAUGUACUUAGUUCCUAAGGACGAUCAUUGUAUAUCAUGUACUUAGUUCCUAAGGACGAUCAUUGUAUACCAUGUACUUAGUUCCUAAGGACGAUCAUUGUAUAUCAUGUACUUAGUUCCUAAGGACGAUCAUUGUAUACCAUGUACUUAGUUCCUAAGGACGAUCAUUGUACACCAUGUACUUAGUUCCUAAGGACGAUCAUUGUAUACCAUGUACUUAGUUCCUAAGGACGAUCAUUGUAUACCAUGUACUUAGUUCCUAAGGACGAUCAUUGUAUACCAUGUACUUAGUUCCUAAGGACGAUCAUUGUAUACCAUGUACUUAGUUCCUAAGGACGAUCAGUGUACAGCGUGUACUUACUUCCAAAGGACGAUCAUUCCACACUGUAUACUUACUUACCAAGGACGAUCAUUGUAUACCAUGUACUUAGUUCCUAAGGAUGAUCAUUGUAUACCAUGUACUUAGUUCCUAAGGACGAUCAUUGUAUACCAUGUACUUAGUUCCUAAGGACGAUCAUUGUACACCAUGUACUUAGUUCCUAAGGACGAUCAUUGUAUACCAUGUACUUAGUUCCUAAGGACGAUCAGUGUACAGCGUGUACUUACUUCCAAAGGACGAUCAUUCCACACUGUGUACUUACUUACCAAGGACGAUCAUUGUAUACCAUGUACUUAGUUCCUAAGGACGAUCAUUGUACACGUGUACUUAGUUCCUAAGGACGAUCAUUGUACACCAUGUACUUAGUUCCUAAGGACGAUCAUUGUAUACCAUGUACUUAGUUCCUAAGGACGAUCAUUAUACACGUGUACUUAGUUCCUAAGGACGAUCAUUGUACACAUGUACUUAAUUCCUAAGGACGAUCAUUGUACACCAUAGUUCCUAAGGACGAUCAUUGUACACGUGUACUUAGUUCCUAAGGACGAUCAGUGUACACGUGUACUUAGUUACUAAGGAUGAUCAUUGUACACGUGUACUUAGUUCCUAAGGACGAUCAGUGUACAGUGUGUACUUAGUUCCUAAGGACGUUCAUUGUACACCAUGUACGUAGUUCUUAAGGACGAUCAUUGUACACAUGUUCUUAGUUCCUAAGGACUAUCAUUGUACACCAUGUACUUAGUUCCUUAAGACGAUCAUUGUACACGUGUACUUAGUUCCUAAGGACUAUCAUUGUACACCAUGUACUUAGCUCCUUAAGACGAUCAUUGUACACGUGUACUUAGUUCCUAAGGACGAUCAUUGUACACCAUGUACUUAGUUCCUAAGGACGAUCAUUGUACACGUGUUCUUAGUUCCUAAAGACGAUCAUUGUACACGUGUACUUAGUUCCUAAGGACGAUCAUUGUACACGUGUUCUUAGUUCCUAUGGACGAUCAUUGUACACGUGUACUUAGUUCCUAAGAAGAAUCCUUGUAUUUAUCUGCUUCCUCCUCUUUCUUUUAUAAUCGUUUGUCCCGCUCUUUCCGCUACGUAGCCAAGGUUAGGGCUGGGCGAUAAAACUGAAAACUGUAUCAUGAUAUUCGUGUUUAAUAUCGGUCGAUAUCGAUAAUUAUUGGUAUUUUUAUGACCUGUUGAAAAUAACUUAUUUUUUUUUGACACUAAAUUUCUGUGCGUUUGGAUUUUGUAAACUAACUUUUUUUUUACAAUCCAAUAUCAAACAAUUCAGUGUAUUAAAGUUUAGUUUAUAAAAAUAAAAAUAAAAAAUUCAGUAUAAAUGUAUUUAGUGUAAAAAAAUCUGUUUCAAAAUUCAGUGUAAAAUAAAUGAAUACAUUCCAUAGAAAAAAAUUCAGUGUGUAAAAAGUUCAGGGUAAAAAAAUUCAGUGCAUAAAAAUUUUGAGUAAAAAAUUCGGUGCAUAAACAUUUAGUGUAAAAAAUUAUGUUACAAAAUUCAGUGUAAAAUAAAUAAAUAAAUUCAAUGAACAAAAAUUCAGUGCAUACAAAAAAAUCAGUGUAAAAAAAUUCAGUAUAAAAACAUUUAGUGUAAAAAAUUGUUUCAAAAUUCAGUGUAAAAUAAAAAAAAUAAAUUCAGUGAAAAAAAAUUCAGUGCUUAAAAUUUUUGAGUAAAAAAUUCAGUGUAAAUAAAAAAUAUGUAUAAAAACAUUUGGUGUAAAAAUUUAUGUGUUUCAAAAUUCAGUGUAUAAUAAAUAUUUAAAUUCAGUGUAAAAAAAUUCAGUGCAUAAAAACUUUGAGUAAAGAAUUCAGUGCAUAAAAAAUUCGGUUUCAAAAUUCAGUGUAAAAUAAAUAAAUAAAUUCAGUGUAAAAAAUUUCAGUGCAUACAAAUUUACAGUAAAAAAAAUUCAGUGUACAAACAUUUAGUGUAAAAAAUUAUGUGUUUCAAAAUUCUGUGUAAACUAAAUAAAUAAAUUCAGUGUAAAAAAAAAUUCAGCGCAUAAAAAUUUUGAGUAAAAAAUUGAAUGUAAAAAAAAUGUAUUGCAUAAAAAAUGUGUGUAAAAAAUUCAGUGUUUUAAAAAUUUGCUGCUUCAAAACGCAAAACUCACUUCCGGUAAAUUAAGGCUGAAGCAACGGAUCUUGUCUUAAAAUCAGCCAAUGAGGUGUCAAGUUUGCAGUAACUGCCUUUUUUAUGCUUGACCCGUGUCAUGUGACUUCAAACUUCACACCUCAUUGGCUGCUGAAAUCAUCAGCAUAAUUUGAUGUAGAAAACAAACAAAAAAAAACAUUUAGUUCACAAAAUUGAAACCUAAAAAAAUCAGUUACAAAAAUUCUAUGGAAAAAAAAUAAAAAAGCUUUCGUAAUGAAGACACAAAUCAAAUAUAUUUGGGGUUCAUCAAUCCUGGCACGCCCAUGUGCUGACUCUCUUUGGUUUGCAAAGUAAAAUGAAAAAUAAAUAAAAAAUCCACAAUGACUUAGUUGAGUUUUAUAUGAUCUACAAAUACUACUUCUUUGUAUGAUGACCAAAGCUUUGACACCAAAACAUGUUCUAUGAUAAAUAUGUGACAAUGUUCUAUAACAAAUAUGUAACAGUCUUCUAUAACAAAUAUGUAACAGUCUUCUAUAACAAAUAUGUAACAGUCUUCUAUAACAAAUAUGUAACAGUCUUCUAUAACAAACAUGUAACAGAGUUCUAUGACAGGGGUGUCCAAAGUGUGGCCAUUUGCGCACGGCACAUUAUAAAAAUACGAUUAAAAAAUUUUUAAAACGUAAAAAGUGAUAUAAAAGAGCAAACGGGUGAAAUGUAACAAGAAAAUGUUGCAAUGUUUACUCUAAUAACACAAAGCUGCCAUGCAGGCUGUUUCUUUCUUUAAAAAAUAAUAAUGAAUCAAAAUCAAUGUCAUUAGGAAUUAUUGACCUAUUCAAGGCUCUGAUUACGUCACGUUAAAUAUUCCACUUUGACAUGUUUUUGGGGGAAAAUGUUGCAUAUUUUGUGUUUGUCAUAUAAAAAAACUGAGCUGCUUUUUUAAAGAAGGGCCUAAAAUGAAGAAACAAAAAACAUAAACAAGAAUAAAACUUAUAAUUGACGGAUAGAUCUGAAGUUGAUAUCGAGGUUAUUGUGUUAAAAGUAAACAGUACAAAAAAAUUUAUAAUUCAUUUUCUAACACUUUAAUGAGUCAAACACUUUGGGAUCCCCGAUUAUUUUAGUGUGAUUUGUUUUUUAAUGUCAUUGCGCAAUUUUUUUUUUUAAAUCAAUGGUGUUAUGAGUUAUUGACCUUUUUAAUGCUCCGAUUAUUUUAUAGUCUCAAAUAUUCCACUUCAAAAAAAUAUUGGGUGAAAAUAUUGCAUAUUUUGUGUUUGUCAUAUAAAAAACUGAGCUGUUUUUU